GCACCCAUCAACGAGCAUGCGAAUGAGUGAGUGAGCGAGCAUCAACUGUCCGCGUCACUGUCAAGACACCGCAGAGCUGCACUUUUACAACAACAGUCCGCAGUUGUUCACGUGGCUGAAGCCUCCACGCACUACGUUUUUUUGUCUUCUCUUCUUCUCACCAGCCCACGGGUGGACUCACUUAACUUAGCUAACCGGUUAUUAGCUUGUUAUGAGCAGGGGCCUGCUUCUCGUGGAUGCUCAGCUGAGGUAACUGUCAGGGCACCGCCGCUCCAGCAGCCACGCUCGGGCUCUGAAUCCUUGCCCUUAUCUCACCGACAGCAGCCCCGAGGACCCAGACUGCCUGCUUUGGGUCGAGACCUACAUUCUAGCCCCCCGCGACACCACAGCUAGCUAGCUAAUAGUCGGCGUGCGGGGUCAGAAAAAGUAACAGCCUCCUCCACCUCCUCCACCACCACCACCUCAUCCUCCUCCUCUCUGCCGGUCUGUGCCAUGGGUCUGCUGUCACUGGGCUCUCCACUGAACUGGGAAGAAAGCAAGAAGUAUGCGGACCACAUCAGAAAACACGGCAUCAUUCAGUUCCUCAACAUCUACAACAAGGUGAAGGAUCGUCAGAAAGAUGUGCUGAAAUGGGGCGAUGAGGUCGAGUACAUGCUGCUGGAACUGUGUGACAAGGAUGAGAAGGUCCGACUUGUCCUGAAGGGUGAAGAUGUGGUGAAAACGCUUCAAGACCAGGGUGAAAUGAUCAACCCCAAUCACCCCACACUCUGGAGACCAGAGUAUAGCAGCUAUAUGGUUGAAGGAACUCCAGGGCAGCCAUACGGCGGCACUAUGUCAGAGUUCAACACUGUGGAGAGCAACAUGAGGAAGAGACGACGAGAGGCCUCAUCUGUCCUCAACCAGAAUGAAAGCCUCUGCACCAUCACCUCAUUUCCAAGGUUAGGUUGUCCAGGUUUCACCAAACCAGAGUACAAGCCAAGUCCGGUUGAGAAGGGAGCGUCAAAGUCACUGUUCUUCCCAGACGAAGCCAUCAACAGACACCCGAGGUUUAGCACCCUUACCAGAAACAUACGUCACAGAAGAGGAGAGAAAGUUGUUAUAAAUGUUCCAAUCUUCAAAGACAAGUGCACUCCAUCUCCAUUUGUGGAGGAGUUUCCCGAGGAUGAUGGUGAAGCAGCAAGGGCGUCUUUGCCCGAUCACAUCUACAUGGACGCCAUGGGCUUCGGCAUGGGCAACUGCUGUCUGCAGGUAACAUUCCAGGCUUGCAGCAUUGAUGAGGCAAGAUAUCUUUAUGACCAACUAGCAACUUUCUGCCCCAUUGUGAUGGCGUUGAGUGCAGCCUCACCCUUCUACAGAGGCCAUGUGUCGGAUAUUGAUUGUCGCUGGGGAGUUAUUUCUGCCUCGGUGGACGACAGGACACAGGAGGAGCGCGGCCUGAAGCCCCUGAAAAACAACAAAUACAGGAUCUUCAAGUCACGAUACGACUCUAUUGACAGCUACUUAUCCACCUGUGGGGAGAAGUACAAUGACAUCGAAUUGACAAAAGACAAUGAGAUCUACGAGCAGCUGCUCGCCGCAGGAAUCGAUAAGCUACUUGCCCAACACAUCGCUCACCUCUUCAUCCGGGACCCACUCACAGUGUUCAAUGAGAAAAUACACUUGGAUGAUGAAAAUGAGUCUGAUCACUUUGAGAACCUCCAGUCGACCAACUGGCAGACGAUGAGGUUCAAACCUCCACCUCCAAACUCUGACAUCGGCUGGAGAGUUGAGUUCCGACCCAUGGAGGUACAGCUUACUGACUUUGAAAAUGCUGCGUACGUGGUCUUUGUGGUGCUGCUCACCAGAGUGAUCUUAUCCUAUAAACUGGAUUUCCUCAUCCCUUUGUCAAAGGUUGACGAGAAUAUGAAAAUGGCACAGAGGAGAAAUGCGGUCAACGAGGGCAUGUUUUACUUCCGAAAGGACAUGUUCAAAGGCUGCAACCCAGGCCUCGAUGGUACGUCUGCUGCUCAGAACGGCACGGAGACCGACGGUGCUAAUGAGGAAUACAUGCUGAUGAACAUCGACACAAUCAUCAACGGAAAGGAGGGAGUUUUUCAAGGUCUUAUCCCGAUUCUUAACAGCUAUCUGGAAAACAUGGAAGUCGAUGUAGACACCAGAUGCACCAUUUUGAAUUAUCUGAAGCUCAUCAAGAAACGGGCGUCAGGCGAGCUGAUGACUAUGGCCAAGUGGAUGAGGGAAUUUGUUGCCAAUCACCCGCAGUACAAGCAGGACAGCGUCAUAAGUGACAAGAUCAACUACGACCUGUGUCUAAAGUGCGACCGGAUCGCUAAAGGUGAAGAGCAGUGCCCGGAGCUCAUUGGAAACCCAGUAAACAAGGUGAAAUGAAAAAAAAAAACAAUGUUAUAGAAAUGCAUCAUCACUGUAAGACAAACACGCAUGUGAAGACAGACCAAAAUGUGUGGUUCAACAACAAAUGUGGUCCAAGUGUAAGAGAAUGCAGAACAGCAUGUGUGUGUGUGUGUGUGUGUGUGCGGUAAUGAAGGAAAAAAACACCUGCAUAAAAUGUAUGUAUAUAUGUUUCAGAUUUUUAUGAUUACAAAAUUAUUUUAAUAGGAUUAUGACAUACAAGAGGUUGUGGAAUAGAAAUCAGAUGUGUAUUUAUUUUUAUCCAGAAAAUAAUGGCUAUCUGUGUGAGAAUGUAAAUGUAGCAAAGAGCUGUACAGUAAUCUGAUUUUAGUCUCGUGUUCUGUAAAUACUGUAUCUUGGCUCUAAGCAACAGUAACAUCGUAGGCACUCUCUGUUUGCUAGAAAUCAGACAUUCUUUACAUUUGGUUGAGGGUUGGUUUUUUUGGGGGGGUUGUCUUUUUAUUUCGUUUUGCUGGUGACAUCAUAGUGGGACCUUUUACUGUAUGUUGCAUCAGACUGGAAAUAUUAAUCAGUUGUUUGCAGUGUGAUGCAGCUCCAAAUAAAUCUGUACAAAAAGAAA